AACCAGGUCCUUCGAGAACAGAAACCCUAAAUAGCUCUACCUAAGUUUCCGUUCUUGAAGUAUCUAUAGCUGCAGAGUUCAAGUUAGUCUCUUUUUCAUAUUGUUCAUUGAAGAAAUGGCUCGAUCUAUCUCAAACGCUAAGUUUCUGUCGUCGUUCCUUGUUGAUCAACUCUCCGUUGUUGCCAGACGUGGAUACGCGGCGGCGACAUCAAGUGGUAGUGUGAGGGGAAGUGGAGUUGCAAUGAUGAAGAAAGGAGGCGAGGAGUCGAAGAAAUCGAGUACACCAUGGGUUCCGGAUCCAGUUACAGGUUACUACAAGCCAGAGGGUCAAACAAAUCAAGUUGACGCUGCGGAUCUGCGUGAACUGCUCUUGAAACAGAAAACUGGUAGACACUAAUUAAAGAUAAUUUGGACAAUCGUUCAAGAAAUUAAAAGACGACGACGAAUUAAAACGAUAAAUCUCAUUCAUUGGAUAUGCGUUAUCAUAUCAUGGCAUAAUUUCACAACACAUACAUAUACAUUAUACCUUCUUCAGCAACACAAAGGAUUUGAUCCGCUAUAGCAUAAAUGGGACUAGCUAUUUGAUAUUCGUUUUACUAUUAUUAAUUACCAUAUUUGUAUCCUUCUAGAAUGAAAAAUCACUACUAUUAAUUA